AUGUCUGUCUUGGCAUCUUGUGGAAGCCCUAUUUCUGCACUUAGACUCCUCUCCGGUGACAAGAUCAAAGACGUGCACGUGGUCCUCGUCAACGCUGAGAAGGCUACCACCUGCGGCUUCGACUUCCGCGCCAUUGUCGAGACCGAUCUCUGUAUCCCGGUCAUCUACUUCUUGCCGCGCGACCACGUGGCCACCGGCGACGAGGCGGACGAGCUGCUCCGCACGCUGAGGGACUCGACCUACGUACUCAGGAGCCCGCUGCAGGCCAGCGAUGUCGGCGACCUGUGGACGGUCGUCGCGUGGCGCAAGUGCUACCUGGAGAACAAGGCGAAGAAGGCGGCCGACCGCCGCCGGCGCGUGGUUCCCGCCGCCGUUCAGGCGUUUCUGGCCGGUGGUUAUUCUACCGUGGGCGAGGGAAGGAACGACGACGAAAGCCGGGUCCACUUCAAGGCGGUGAGCGCCGGUGGUCGUAGGGGCCGCAAGAGGAAGAGCGGCGGCCACACCGUCGUCGUCGGUUCCUCAGGAGACGACCAGACAGGCAAGGGACAUGGGAAGAUGAACGCGACAGGCGGGCACGAGAACGACGACGACGACGACGGCGGCGUGUCUAGCCAGCAACAGCAGCAGCAGCAACCCGUGGCCACUGCUGCAACAUCCCGCUGGAACCAACCCGCGGCCGGCAGCGUCGCACCGCCGACGGCGGCAGUAGGAAACAUGGCUACCACCGUCACAGACGAGCCGGAGUUCUCCCGCGGCAGCCACCACCACCAGGCCGUUUCUCUGCCGCUGAUGUUCGGACCGUUUCCGUACCAGGGCCCGCGGCCGCAAGUGCUGAAGCAGGCCAUGUUCGUGCCGCUGCCGCGAUACAGCGGGACUGAGAGCAUCGGUGGCGCAACCGUCGCUGCAGAUGCAAGAGAGUACGGCAACGCUGCCGGUUCACUUCUUCAGCCCCUGAACCUUGGCACAGGACCACACGGCCACGACGAGCUUGCAGCCAUGACGGCGUACACCGAGUCCAAUGAUCCACCGGUGGCAGAGGCAGCUACCAAUCCUACCAUAGAAGAAGUGCUCAACAAUGGCGACAGCUUCAGCACCUACAGCACCUCGCUCAUGGCACCUAAUCAGGUUCUUGAUGACAUGGCUUCGGAUGUGAAUGAGUUGGCAAUGGCAGGAGGAGCAAUUUUCAGCAACGACGACGCAUCGUUUACGGCGCCUCAGGAUCUCGCCGCGGCGCUAGAUGGUGGCCAGCUAGCACCAGGAGCAUUGGACGCCAUCAGUGCAUCGCUCAUGGAGACGGACGGGAACCCUGGUCUCGAGCUAGAGGCAAUGUUUUCUCCUGAUCAGUACGAGAACACCUUGUUUCCGCUGGAAGCUCUGCUGGGGCUGGAUGAUGCUCCCGUGUACGAGGACGGCCAAGACUACCGGCAGGGUGGCGGGAGUGCCGACGAUGAGGCUGCAGGGACCUCGCUGAUCGGCGGCGCUGAUGACAGUCUUGACGUCCUGGAUGAUUAUUUGUUCAUGGACAGCGCUGGGGAUUUCAACGACGAUGAACGUGACUAAUUCCUGGAGUGCAGUAUCAGCAGUACCUGAUGAGCUGAGAAUAAGAGAGGGACGGGAUCAUGAGUUUCUGUUUCCUCAAGUAAACCAGCUUUGAAUAAUGUAUGUACUCUCUACAUUUUUAAAUGUGCGAUGUUUUUUUUAA